GCGGCGGCGGCGGCGGAGCCGGACCCUCGCACGGAUCGACUGACCAAGCGACCGACGGACGGACGGGCCGCGGCGGCGCCUGGUCUGUUCUCAUAGCCAUGGGCAGAGGAGACUGAGUCGCCACCAUGAUUGGAGGGCUUUUCAUCUACAACCACAAGGGGGAGGUGCUCAUCUCCCGGGUCUACCGAGAUGACAUCGGGCGGAAUGCCGUCGACGCCUUCCGCGUCAACGUGAUCCACGCCCGGCAGCAGGUGCGCUCCCCCGUCACCAACAUUGCCCGCACCAGCUUCUUCCAUGUCAAGCGCUCCAACAUCUGGCUGGCAGCUGUCACCAAGCAGAAUGUCAACGCCGCCAUGGUCUUUGAGUUCCUCUAUAAGAUGUGUGACGUCAUGGCCGCCUACUUUGGCAAGAUCAGUGAAGAAAACAUCAAGAACAACUUUGUGCUCAUCUACGAGCUGUUGGACGAGAUCCUGGACUUCGGCUACCCCCAGAACUCGGAGACGGGAGCUCUGAAAACGUUCAUCACUCAGCAGGGCAUUAAGAGCCAGCAUCAGACGAAGGAAGAACAGUCUCAGAUCACCAGCCAGGUGACGGGGCAGAUUGGCUGGCGGCGUGAGGGCAUCAAAUAUCGCCGGAAUGAGCUCUUCCUGGACGUGCUGGAGAGCGUCAACCUGCUCAUGUCUCCCCAGGGGCAGGUGCUCAGCGCCCACGUGUCUGGCCGCGUGGUGAUGAAGAGUUAUCUGAGCGGCAUGCCGGAGUGCAAGUUUGGCAUGAACGACAAGAUCGUCAUCGAGAAGCAGGGCAAGGGCACGGCUGAUGAGACUGGCAAGAGCGGGAAGCAGUCCAUCGCCAUAGAUGACUGCACCUUCCACCAGUGCGUGAGGCUCAGCAAGUUUGACUCUGAGCGAAGCAUCAGUUUCAUCCCCCCUGAUGGAGAGUUUGAGCUUAUGAGGUACCGGACCACCAAGGACAUCAUCCUUCCCUUCCGGGUGAUCCCCCUGGUACGGGAGGUGGGACGGACCAAACUGGAGGUCAAAGUUGUCAUCAAGUCCAACUUCAAACCUUCCUUGCUGGCCCAGAAAAUUGAGGUCCGGAUCCCAACACCGCUGAAUACAAGUGGGGUUCAAGUGAUCUGCAUGAAGGGAAAAGCCAAGUACAAGGCCAGUGAAAAUGCCAUCGUGUGGAAGAUCAAGCGCAUGGCGGGAAUGAAGGAAUCACAGAUCAGUGCAGAGAUUGAGCUGCUUCCGACCAACGACAAGAAGAAGUGGGCCCGGCCUCCCAUCUCCAUGAACUUUGAGGUACCGUUUGCACCCUCCGGCCUGAAGGUGCGAUACCUAAAGGUGUUUGAACCCAAGCUGAACUACAGCGACCAUGACGUCAUCAAAUGGGUGCGCUACAUUGGCCGCAGUGGCAUCUACGAAACCCGCUGCUAGCUGCCCAGCCAUGGUCUCACGAAAUCUCCACCAACCUGGGUGCCCCCUGGGGAGGAGCCAGGCUGGGCGGUCUGCCCCAACUCCUCCCUGUUGGUGUCUCCUCUUUCCUGCAUCGCUGCACACCCCCUGCACAAGCCCCUAGACUAGGUCUGGACCGGCCCUACCAUGAAGGGGAUGAACAGAGUGGCCCCUGGGGCCCCUGAGGUCCCCCAACCCUCAUUUUGUCCGUCCCAGCCCAGCUCUGGGCUCUGUUUUGAGUUUUGUGACCAAAGCCAGGCCAGGGUCUCUUGGGGGGCCGUGUCUCCGACCCUCUCCCAGGGGUGGGGGGGUGGGGCCCGGGCUGCCAGAGCCCCUGGCCUCUGCACCUCCCUGAAAGGCCAGUAACUGCCUCCCGCCCCCUCCUUCCCCCCUCAGCCCCCUGCUUCGGGAUAGUGUGAGCUCCAUUUUGUACACGUGUGACUUGUCCAGUUAUCAACCCAAUAAAUUCUGUAGAGCGGA